AUGAUAUUUCUACGAAGUUAUAUAUUUCCUGUAGGUUGGGAAGCGGUGCACUGUCAGUGGGGAUUAAGCUUUGGUUGGUUUUGGGGAAACCUUGAGGACCUCAAGUCAUCUACGGUCGAGGCUGGCGUGGUGAAGUCCUCAUCAUAUAUUCCCGGCUCCAAGACUGAGACCAAUCUGUUUGACGACAGUGAUAGUUCCUCUUCAGAGGAAGAUUCUGUCGCCAUUGUAUCCUCCAUUGUUGACCAACAAAAGCGUAGACGUGCAAAUCACCGUUCAGGUAGACGAGGCUCAAAGAGACCGGGGAAAGGUAAAAGGUUAAGAAAGUAUGGCAGGAGGAACAAAAACUACCAGAAUAGUCAGGGAAGGAUUAAAAAUUUUCGAAAAAGUCAACAGAGGCAAAGACAAAUACAAAAACUUAGAAAAAAGUACAACGACCACAUUCGUAAAAAAUAUGGCAAAAAGGCAUUGAAAAGUGUUGGAAUGGAUUCGAAACAAUGGGCACAGAAUGAAAACGCUACAGGUGAGAAAUAUCCAUCAAAAUCACUUCAAAAAGAACAAACAAGUUUUUUGGAGGAAAUAGUGAAUCCUUCCUCUAGUCAUCAAAGUCCCUCAAAAGCAUCACCCGAUCAUGAAAAUACACCAUCUGCUAAACAGUCAUCAAAGUCCAACAUACAAGGAAUUAAAUCAAAUACUAACAAAAUGAGUAUAAAGUCUAGUCAAAAGAUAAAUGUUCAAACACCAGCUACCAAUAAACAGGAAGUCGAACAUGAGAACGAGACUACUGAUGCUCCUGAGGCAGAAGAUAAAUCAACAAUACCGACAACCACUACGGCUGACAUGACAACACAAGAAUCGGAGUACGAGCAAGAUUACUUUGGCUUUAUGGAUCUUUUUGGGCUUGAUCAAGACGUGUACAAUUUUCCUAGUUUUCCCGAAGGACAAAGUACUGACAACUUCAACAACAACAACAACAACUUCUCUCCUGAAUCUUCUGUUGGAAGCCAACCAGCUGGAAGUGAUAAACCAAAAGCGGGUGUGGGACGUGGUUUGAAUACACAGGCAUCACCACUUAAAUCAAACGACGUAACGAUGCAAGAAUUGGAAAAGUCUCCUCAAAGCAUUUUAUCGGCAACCGCGAACAAGACAGAGGGAGAAAACUUCCAUAAGAGUGGUGGAAUCAAAAUGAAAGAAAGCAACUUAGAUUCAAUCUCAACAGUCGUAAAAGAACCAGCUCUACAAGCAAGGACUGAUCUUCAGACAAAGAAAGGAAAACCUUCGGGUAAUUUAAGUCUGAAGCAAAAGUCCUCUUAUGGAACUUCUCAAAACAAGCAAACAGUUUCUAUUCCCAUAGAGGCAGAAAAGAGAUUUCUAAAGAACAAAUACAAGCUGCCGACGGUUUCUGAUCCAGCCAAAAAUGAUAAAUCGUUUAACUUGCACGUUGAUCACCCUCAAGCGUGGAAAUCCUAUGACAUCAUAAAUCCUAAACCAAAUAUUCUUAAGCCAUUUAAGUCUAAUGAACAGCAGCAAGGUUUAGCCAGUGUAACAGGAAAAACAACCCAUGAACAAGCACCGAUAAACAUGGAGACAUCCAAAAACAUCCUAUCAAACAGAGGUACGUUUCAUACAAACACUAAUUCUGAUCAUCAACAGGUUAACAAUAAUCUGAUCACUGGGAAUAAAGAAUCACGAAUUAGAAGUAAUACAGUGGGAAAGCUACCGGGUUCUAAUGUGGUCGAAACUAAUAACCUAAAUGUUAAUAAAAAUGUUCAACAAUACAGCAACAGGAAAUCGAUCACUGCCAAUAAUCUUUCAAGAGUUCACCAGAUGGGAAAGACAUUGGACUCCCAGAGGAUUGGUAAUAAUUUGAAUAAUAAAGAAAACAAAAAGGUCCAAACAAAGCCGGGUGAUAAUAUUGUUAAUGGCAAAAAUGGAAAGAAAAUAAACGCCUUGUUCCCUUCUACUGUCCGGAAAUCUACAACUUGGAAACCAAACUUUUCGAGUAAAAUUGAGAAAACAUGGGUUGAUGCUUUUUUGCCUGAUAAAUCAACCGCUAAAAUCUCUAAUCAACAGCCUUCAAGAGACCCAAGUAAGAAUGCAUCAAAUUCUCCUAUGUACAGAGGAAAAGUUGCACCGAAAAAAAUAGAUUCUUUAUUUAGCCUUUCCCAGACAGCAUCACAGGGGAAAAAUGUUCAACUCAAUAGACUUGAAAAACAUGCUGUCAUAUCGAAACCCAUCAUUUCUCCAGAGAUUUAUCCUUCUGGGUCAAAAGGUCGGAAAAUUACACCUUCACUUUCGAAACCUGCUGGGACUGUUUCAUUCAAAGAAAAUGCUCCUAAUACGGAGAAAGACAACUCUCUCAAGAAGAGACCAAUAUCUACUCUGUCACACAUGCCAACUUCAGUAACGGCCAUUCCAUCAGAUAUUUCGAAAUCAUCUUGGGACGGAAGUAUCAAUGACAGAAUGUCUUACAAAUACAAAAACUCACAAGCCAAAACAAAUAAAAUGGAUAUGAAUUUAUCCCAGUUAACAUCUAACAUAGAGAGCAGGCAGCAGGUUAAACCAAGCUUCACAAAGACAUUGAGCGCAAAGAAUAUUACCAACCCUCCAAAACCUCUAAACUUGCCUUAUCCCAAUGUUCCUGAUAAUAAAUUUAAAACAGGUGUAAAUUCAGUUUCUAAAUUUCCAGGAAAAGGCCAGUCACAACCGCCAAAACCACCCAAUAUAAUAUCAGAAGGUUUUCCUUCAAGAGUUAAAAAACAAUCAUCCACCAAGACCGACACUGAAGUAGAUAUAUAUCCUGAUAUUCCAAGCCAGGGUAAUGUUCACAUAAAACUGCCAGAAAUCCCUACACGGUUAACCAAGGAACUUGGUCAAAGAGAAAUGACAAACAGUCACCAGAAGAGUCCACCAGAACCACCCAUUGUCUUGGAUCAGAUUGAAGUACCUACAAAUAGUGUGUUCAGCUAUUCUAAUUCUAGUAAUGACGAAAACAGACUUUCGCUUUCUUCAGCAUCCAUUGAUGGAAGAUUAGCUAAUAUAAAUCGUCCUCCACCACCUGCUAAGAAAUUACAACUAACCUUGCUAGAGACUGAGCAGAAACCAGAUUCAAAGAUGGUUGCUCCUAAUUCUGCAGGGUUAAGUCAUAGUAGAAGAGCACAGAGUAAAAUGAUUCAGGCACAAAAUAUACAAUUAAUUCCUUAUUCAAAUGCAAUACCGAUGAAACAGGCACUUAAAGGGGGAAAUAAACAAAAUGAAAUGAGAAAAUUGUCUCAAAUAGAAACAAAAAGUUAUUUUGGUAGAAAAAGGUACGAUAAACCCACAAGAGAUCAUGGUUUUUCCAGCAUGCAAUCAAAUAUGAUAGAGAAACAAUCGAGGAUUCCAACAAGAUCUAAUUUGCACCAUAAGUCAUAUAAUCCAGAUAACUUUAGAAUAAAUUCAGCUGAGAAGAUAAUCUCCGAAUUUAAAGAAAUCCACACUGCCCAAUAA